GCGGGGCCUGCGCUUCCCCGAGGGCCGCGGCCGGCGCGGGGCCGGGGCCGGGGCCGGUGGCUCGGCGGGCGGCGGGGAGCGCUGCGCCGCGCCGCGCCUCAUGCUCCGGGGCUGCGGGCACUGCGCGCCGCUGCUGCUGGGCGCGCUGGCCCUGGACGCGGCGGGGCUGGCGCUGGUGGUGGUGGGGGCGGCGGCGCGGCCGGCGCGGGCCGGGCGGCCCUUCGGGGACUGCCUGGUGCUGUCCGGGGCGCUGCUGCUCUUCCUCUCGCUGCUGGGCUGGCUGCUGUGGCACACGGGCAACCUGCGCGCCGAGCCGCCGCCGCCGCCGCCGCCCCGCCGCGGCCUGCUCCGCCUCGCCCGCAAGCUCUCGGCGCGCCUCGGCCGCCCCGCAGCCGCGCCCGGCCCCGCCGCCCUGGAGCUGAGCGCCGCGGAGCCGCCCGCGCCCGCGCAGAUCAAUGGGAAGUGAUGCCCUUGUGUGGCUCUCCUGAGGAUGCCAGAUCUCCUCCAGAGGGAAGGAGAGGAGCCCUGGAGAGGGUCUGCUGGAGGAGGUGCCCUCCAGCCUGUCCUGCCAGGCCUUGGUACGUCGCAUCCUUCUCCACCUGAAACGUGCUGUGGGUGCCUGUGCCUCGUGUGACGUGCACGGAGGGGACUGCUGCUCCUGCCUGCUCUGCGGUGCUGCGUCUUCGUCAAGAAUCUCCUGGGCCAGUUCUCUUGAAUAGUUAUUUAUCUCUGUUUUUAUAACUUUUUAUAACUGUUUUAUACUUGACCAGUCCACGUGGGGUCCUAUUUACAGAACUUCUCCCUCUUAUCCCUGAUUCAGGACCCAGAAAUAAUUGCCCAGUUUUAAAGCAAAAUGCUUAAGACUGUUCAUCAACUUGGCUGAUGUAGCUAUCAUCCUGUAAGGACACACAUUUGACAAAGGAUUGGAAUUGUUGGGGUGGGGAGAUUAAUAUUAAACUAUUUUCUCAAGAAAA